UACCAAUAAAACGCUACACAAGAAGAAAGAAGUGGAAGGAGGAGGAGGAAGAUGAUGGCGGCGCUACGUGUUUUUAAUGACUUAUUGGAUGAAUAAACUUAUGCAGUGUGAUUUAAAUUACAAUUUUUAUUUAAUAGAAUUAUGUUAGCGGACUAUCGUCAAUCUUUGCACACAUUUGUAGCAGGAAGUGAUCAAUGUGUCUGAUGCGUCUUUGCUUGAUAAUUUGGAAAAAUUUAAUAUUUAUUGUUUGUUUCUUGAUUAGCUGCUGGUGCAAAGCACUUUGAACAAAUAAACUUGACUCCACAGAUCCACACCAGGCCGGGACAGCACCAACUCUCUCAAAUGACCACCGUGUUGAACCCGCCGGCGCCUCCGCCGCCGCCUCCUGCUCCACCCACUCCUCCUGUGGGGCCCCCGGCCUCGUCCCCUCUCUCCCCGCUGUCGCCCACCAUUUCGCUGCUGGAGGAAGGAGAUUUGCGCAGCGUGGACCCUUGCAAGGACCUGUGGGGUUCUCGGGGUUACGAGGAUUACAGACGCGCCGGUGCGACCAGGACUAUGGUUGGGGGCCUGACGGGCGGCGUGGUGGUCGGCAGCGGCGGGAGCCUGCAGGACAAGUCGGAGCUGUGCGUGGUUCGCUUCGAGAAGGAGCUGGCGGGCGUGGGGCCGGCCGGCUGCGAGGUCACCGUGAGCCUGGACAGCAAAGCCUCCCAGCGCCUGUCCUCGUCGUCCCCCACCUGCAUGUCCAUGCCCAACGCCGUGUCUGGAGUGUCCUCAGGUGCCGGCUCGCCGCAGGAGCCCAGCAAAGGCUCGCCGUCCCCCUGCUGCAUCCACGCCUCCCGGACUCGUAAGAGAGGCGGGGCAGGCGGCAGCGACCCGGGCGCCAUCUCGCCCGACGAUGACAGCCCGUGCCCCCAGGCGUCGUCAUCGUGCUCGUCUCGCUGCGUCUACUGCCGCUCAGUGUUCAGCGCCUCGGAGAACGGGCGGGGCCGCUGCAGGGACGCCCCCGACCCGGCGUUGCACUGCCUCCGCCAGUGGACCUGUGUGUGGUGCGCGGAGAGCCUGCUGUACCACUGCAUGUCGGACUCGGAGGGGGAGUUCUGGGAGCCCUGUUCGUGCGAUGACUCAAUGGGGGGCCACCCACACCCGCUCUGCUGCGCCCGCUGGUUGGCCCUGCUGGCCCUGUCGCUCUUCGUGCCCUGCAUGUGCUGCUACCUGCCUCUGCGCGCCUGCCUGCGAUGCGGGGAGAGGUGCGGCUGCUGCGGGGGGAAGCACAAAGCGGUCCGAUGAGGCCAGGCUGAGGGGCUGGAGGGCUUCCCUGGACCGGGUGGAACCGAGCACCCGACGGCGGUCCUCCAAAGCCCCGCAGCUUUCCACUGAUUUCAGCUCUUUCUCUUUUCAGCCGGGGGCCUUCCUCGACGGUCCAGGUGCUCUGCACUCUGACUGGGCUCUCUGGGAGUCAUCUGGAGCCUUCGUAGUGGAUUCACUGGGGGAGCGCACUGCAAAAACACCGAAUCUCACCAAGUGUGUUUUUUUUUGUCUGGUUUUUACUGCAAAUAUCUUAGUACAUUUACUUGGUUUUUCUACUUGUACUACUUCAAAAAACAACCCAAGCCCUUAAAAAGAAAACACCCAGCCAUUUUUCGGUGUCUGGAAAAUGAAUCCUUUCAAAAACCUCCAUUUGACGGGUGUUACCUAGCAACCCCAGCCCAUCACCUAGCAACGCCAACUCGAGCACGAAUGGUUGCUGGAAAACAGAAAUGUUUUGUUGCUGACGUGCUAUUCAGAAAGCACUUGCCACAUUCCUGUUGGUUGUGUAGGAGACCCUACUUCUGCUUUUCAAAGAUGUUUGUAUGGUCAAAUAAUUGCAGCCAUUUUCACAUGCGAUAGUAAAAGUUGAUUUAGUGGCCGUGGCUAGCAGCAGCUUGCUUGGAUUUAAAGUUGUCCAUAAAACAACUCAAUUUGAGCAGAAGAACUGGCCAGACUAAAAUCACAUUAUCGAAGAAUGAUUUUGUGGAGAAAAUAUAAUGAACAUGUUUUAUAAAGUUCAUAUCCUAAAGCAUAAAAGUUAAACUUUAAAAUAAGACAAACUAACUUACAAGUAACAUUUCAGCAUGAUAUUAUGUCUGCAGCUAACAAUUAUUUUAGUAAUCGGUUAUUCUUACAAUUAAUCAGGUUAUAAAAACAUUGACCAAGCCAAAGAGGCUUAUUGUGUUUAUUUAGACGUCAAUGUCAAAAACAUUCUUAAAAAUAUAUUUCAUGUGUCCUUAGUAAAGGCAUUUCAGAUUUCAUGAGUGUCAAAUUACUUUAA